AUGGACGACAAGGAAAAGCUGCUCGAGGCACAACAGCUUAAAAAGUUCGCCUUUUUUGGAGUUACUGUAUCAACAAUCGCUGCGCUGACUUCGAUUCUAGCAGUGCCGAUGCUGUGCCUCCACAUGCAGAACGUUCAUUCUGGUUUUCAAGAAGAAAUGAAGUACUGCCGUGUGAAAAACGAUGGAAUACGGAGCGAGAUCAACAAGCUUGAAACUGCUCGCAUAAAACGUCAAGCAGGUGGUGGUUCCUGCUGUUCAUGUGGAAUCGGUCCCAUGGGUCUAAUGGGCCCACCAGGACUUGACGGCGACCCAGGAGAAGAUGGUCAUCCUGGAAGGCCUGGAAGUCCUGGGCCAAAUGCCGAAGACAACACUGCAGUCCCAACUGCAGAUGAUUUUUGCUUUAUAUGCGAACCAGCACCUCCAGGGGUCCCAGGAAUGCCAGGAUUCAAAGGACCGGCUGGUUUACCCGGUGGAAUUGGAGAGCCUGGUAUGAUAGGAAUGCAAGGUCCUAAGGGACCUAUUGGACCUAGAGGAUUACCUGGAAGAGAUGGUGAGCCCGGUCCACCUGGCCUGCCGGGACAGCCUGGCCUUGUAAGAACUUUGCAGUCGCCGACCGGUGAACCAGGACCAAUGGGACCUCCCGGACCUCAAGGCCCGAGUGGAACGCCUGGAACACCUGGACAACCUGGACAGUCUGGGCAACCAGGUCAGGAUGGCGAGCCAGGAUUGGAUGGAAUGAAUGGAGCUGACGGGGAGCCUGGUGCUCCUGGACAACCCGGAAACAUUGGUUCAAAAGGAUCUUGCGAUCACUGCCCUCCUCCACGCACACCACCUGGAUAUUGA